GAGCAAAAGAUGUUGAAUUCUGUCAACUGAACAAAGUAAAACCGUUUGCAACUGAAGAGGAGUUUGAAACCACAGUUGACACAGUGCACAGGUUUGAAGAAGGCAUUGGCAAAGAGCUGCAUCUUAAACUACAACAGAGAGCCAACCAGAAGAGAAACUGGUUGGAGGAGUGGUGGUUGGAUGCAGCUUACCUGGAGGUGCGUGCUCCCUCUCAGCUCUAUGUGAACUUUGGAGGUCCUGCGCCCUACCUGGAACACUGCUGGCCCCCCGCAGAGGGGGUCGAGCUGCACCGAGCCAGCAUCAGCACCUGGCAUUCUCUAAUUUACUGGGACAUGAUAAGAACUGAGAGACUUCCUCCUCAGAAAGCUGGAAAAACACCACUGGACAUGGACCAGUUCAGAAUGCUGUUUAACACCUGUAAAGUGCCUGGGAUCACAAAGGACAGCAUACAAAACUAUUUCAAAAUGGAGUCUGAAGGGGCAUGUCCCUCACAUCUAGUCGUGUUGUGUCGUGGGAGGAUUUUUAUGUUUGAUGGAUUGUAUGAUGGGGAAAUCCUAACUCCUCCUGAAUUAUUGAGGCAGCUGAGCUACGUGAAACAGUGUUGUGAGAACAGAGCAGAGGGCGAUGGAGUGGCAGCUCUCACUUCAGAGGAGAGGACUCGGUGGGCAAAGGCCCGGGAGCAUCUUAUAAAUAUUGACCCGCACAAUAAGGACAUCCUGGAGUUGAUUCAGAGCAGUUUGUUUGUCAUUUCUUUGGAUGAAACAAAACCGUACUCCACACCUCAAAACUACACAAAUAUGACUUUGGAGGCCAUGGUCGGUAACCCCACCAUUCGCUGGGGAGACAAAUCCUACAACUCCAUAGUGUAUUCAGACGGCACUUUUGGAUCCAACUGUGACCACGCUCCUUAUGACGCUAUGGUCCUUGUGUCUUUCUGCUGGUAUUUGGAUCAGCAGCUCAAAGCCACAGGUGGUGAAUGGAAGGGUCCGAACACUGUGAGACCUCUGCCUCUUCCCGAAGAGCUGGUGUUUACUGUGGACAGUGAAGCUCUGAGCGACAUCAGCCACGCCAAACAACAAUAUCUGGAGACAACGAGGGAUCUACAGAUUGUCUGUUACGCCUUUACUGCUUUUGGAAAAACGGCCAUCAAACAGAGGAAGCUGCAUCCAGACACUUUUGUCCAGUUGGCGAUGCAGUUGGCCUAUUACCGACUUUAUAAUGAACCUGGCAGCUGUUAUGAAACGGCCAUGACACGUAAAUUCUUCCACGGACGCACAGAGACGAUGAGACCCUGCACCUCUGAGGCUGUGGAGUGGUGCAAGGCCAUGGCCAACCCCAAAUGUGACAUGAAUACCAGGAGGAAAGCGAUGCUAUCAGCUUUUAAUAAACACAACAAACUAAUGGCAGAAGCUCAAGAUGGAAAAGGGUUUGACAGACUCCUCCUCGGCCUUUACCUCAUCGCUAAAGAGGAGGGACUUCCCAUUCCAGAGCUCUACAAAGACCCCCUCUAUUCAAAAAGUGGGGGAGGAGGUAACUUUGUACUGUCCUCGAGCCUGGUGGGCUACACCACAGUACUGGGGGCAGUGGCUCCGAUGGUGCAUCAAGGCUAUGGAGUCUUCUAUCGUAUUCGAGACGACAGGCUUGUAUUUUCUGUGUCUGCGUGGAAAUCCUGCCAUCGGACAGACGCUGCUACGUAUUUUAACAACCUCUCAAGCUCUCUGCAUGAAAUGCUUCAUCUGGCUACAACAGCUCAGCUUUAGGCUCCACCAAAGAAAAGCUCACAUGCUCUUCACCUGUGCAAACGCUGGUCUAUAUUGUUCUGUUAAGCUUAUAUGACAUGAUGAAAGGACAUAGUGAUGAGUCCAAAAGCAGUCAUGUUAUUCAACACUGAAAAUUCCAAACUUUAGAGACAAUUUACGCACAAGGAAUAUUUUUUUGCCUGUUUAAGCAUUUUUUAAUCUAAUCAUAACAAUUGUGAAAUCUAGUUUUUUUUUGUUUGCAUUAUGGUUGCUAAGUAACAAUUAUGGAAUUACCUCUACAUGUCAUAGGCCUCUACCUGCUGCCCGAGUUCAACCAGGAAGUGAAAUAAUAAACAUAUAAAAAAAAAAAUAAAUAAAUAAAUAAAUAAAUAGGCAAUCAUUUAAAGAAUAUCUUAUAAUUUUAUUAACUGUGUUUUAGGGUCUAACCUGUGAAAAUACACUUGAAGAUUGCACACAUCAAUGCAAAGGUAGUAAUAGGUUGUGUUAGAAUUUCACAUGGAGGACUAUAUAACUCUAUGGAAGAUGUGCCCACAAACCUUGUCAUUAUUUCAUUAGUUUGGCUUCACAAAUUUGCCAUAAUAAUGUUAAGGCAUAAAGUCCUUUCAACUGACUUCAGUCAUGUUUUUGGGAUUGUAUAACUGCACCAAAUAAAACUUGAGCUAUAGGGACUCUAGAAUGCUGAACGCAAUCUAUUAAUGUCAUUACUGUUUAGUCUCAUUAAUUGGAAAUUGUAUAGUUUUGUCUGUAAUUUUUUAGAAGUUUAGUAUAUUUUUAAUUAAUUUCUUGUUGUAUGAAGUUAUUGAUGCUCCUUCUUGAAUAACUACAUUAUUAAAGACGUAUUAAAGAGUACUUAUUCCAAUUCUAAUCCAUUCCAUUGUCCCAUUU